AUGGAAGUACUGACAGGGGAAGAUAUAUAUGUAUGGGGUCAGACGAAGAAGAAGGACCCCAAUAGGUGUAUAGUAAUAGGGGGAGACUUUGUAGGGUUCUCUGAUGAGGAUGUGGUUGGUAAGACUGGCGCUCUGUACGGAAUAACUAGACCCAUAAUAGUGGAUAAACGGAGGGGAGAAGCGGGAGAAUCAGUUGCCAUAUUAAUAGAAAUAGAAAAGGAACCAGAUGCUAAUUUGAUACCACAUAUGAUGAUGGCAGAUGAGAAUAUGGGGAAGAAAUGGCGCAUCAUAUUACCUGUUAGGAAAGAGAAUGAAGUAGAUGAUACUGGCCCUUCAGGAGCUCCUGUGAACAUCUCAGAGAAGGGGAAAGGAGAUUCAAAUGUAACGGGUGGACAAUUUGAAACAAUAGUAGAUCGAGUUGUUUCCCAACUAGAAAGGUGGCACUACGAGGGGAGUUAUCGUAGGCUAAGAAUUUUUUCGGGCAUUGUACCUGUACCUACAGGGGAAGAAUCAUAUGAAGCUUGGAAAGAGGCUGCAGUACAACAGGCAGAAGAAUGGCAGUGCCCAGAUCAGAUUAAACGUCAGAGGGUGGUAGAGAGUCUCCGGGGUCCCGCUAUGGGAAUAGUGCAAGCGGCUAGGCGAAGCAAUCCCAAUGCUACUUUGGAGACAUAUCUUGAAGCCCUAGACUAUGCUUACGGUACGCUGGAAGAUGUAGGGGACUUAAUAUCUCGACUACACCACACAUUUCAGGAGCCUGGGGAGAAACUAAGUUCAUAUGUGAUUCGGGUGGAUAAACUAUUAUACAAAAUUGUGGAUAAGGGAGGAAUAAGCCGAGAAGAAGUGGAUAAGAGUCGAAUGAAACAGCUGCUCCGAGGGGCUUUGACUACGGACUCGGUUGCACAGAAGCUGAGAUGCUCUGGAACAAGAGAACCUGCUCCUGCUUUCAAUGAGUUGUUGAAGGAGGUAAAGCAGGAAGAAGCGUUAAUAGAGAUGUGA